UCUGCUCUGCAGAGGAUUCUCUCGAGAUGGAACUGAGCUCGUACUGUGCUCCUGCUCCUGCUCCUGCUCCUGCCCCUGAUCCUGGUCCGUCGUCGUCGUCGUCGUCGUUUUUUUCUUCUUCAGAAGCCUCGGUGAUAGAGACGCUCCUGAAGCGAGGAUGGUCCCUCGACAACGCCUCGCACGUCAGAGCGGUCAUCACGAUCCAGCGCGCUCUGAUGGACGACCCCUCGGACGCGGCGGCUCUGGCCGACGCCGUCGAAGCGGACCUCCUCAACACCGACUUGAGGACGAUCGGCUCCAGGUCCUUGCCCGACCGCAAGGCAUCGCACCUCCUUGGCCCUGUGGUCCUCCAGAUUUCUGCAGUGAGGGACAUUGCGAGUAGUAGCAUCGAGGAGGUCUCAAAGAGCUCAGGUGGUAAUCGUAUGUUGAGAUUGACACUGACGGACGGUCACAGUGAGAUGACUGCGAUAGAGUAUGCUCAUAUUCCGUCACUUCCCGAUGAUGCUGUUCCCGGUACUAAGGUGCGGCUGGAAAAGAAAGUUGCAAUAAAUAGUGGGAUUUUGUGUCUAACUCCAACAACAUUAACCGUCUUAGGUGGUGUUGUUCAGUCUCUAUUUGACGAGUGGCAAAUGAAUAGAAAAUACUCUGGCUUCUCCCGUGAGUCUUUAAAGCUAUCACAGCAAAGUGAUGCAGGUGGCCCUCCCCCAUUUGAGAAGUUGCAGAUCAGGGCUUCCGCACGUCCGUCCACUCAUCAAAGAAGAUAUUCAUACAACCCUGAAACCUCCAAUGUCAAGAAAUCUGAAGGCAGGGAAUCUCGCAUGCCAUCAGAAAAUAAAUCUGUUGUUGGACAGAAGAAUCUAGAAAUGUCGGAAACCACUCCACCGACAGGAAAAGAUGUGGAAAAACCAACUCACUUUGAGUCAAGGCCAAAAGAAGUUGCCGACUCUGCACCUGUUCAAAAUCAAGCGGCUGCUCAGAAACUCCUCCAAAAGAUGAAUCGACAAGGAAUGCAGAAUCAGCAUUUUAAAGGUCGUAAGCAUAAAGGGAAGGGCAAGCAAGAAGAGGGUCAAGUUUUUACUCUAGAUGAAUGGGAACAAAGAAAUGCCAGUGCAAAGCUGCCAAAUAUGAGCCAUGAUGAGGAAUUGGCAAGGCAGCUUCAGAAUCAAUUUGACUUGGAAGAUGUUCAUCAUGUACGAGAGGGUCCUAAUGAGACAGAAGCAGAAAAACUCAGAAAGAGCAUGUUCAGUUACGAAAGAGACAAUGAUAUGACUUAUUCGAGGGGAUAUGGAGGUGGACGGAGGGGUAGAGGGAGAGGAAGAGGGAGGGGAAGAUCCCACUGGAGGGGAAUACAUAGUUGAUUUUCUGCCUCUUCUCAUCUUUCAUGGGUUUGAUGUUCAUAUAACUAAUUGAAGAUGCUUGGAAGUGCUGCGACCAUCACCGGGAUUAGUUUUCGUGAAUAUUCUGAGACAGAGAUAACGGCACUUGUACAGUGUGGCUAUGAUUCCAGUCCGUGAGGUUACCCUGUCUGCGAUUGAAGAAGAUUAGUCGUUCAACAUUAUUGUUGAUAUCUAUACAUUCUGUUCCGAGUGCUCACUUUUUUCACAAGCAAGGACGAAUAGAUGUUGGAUGCAGUUGUGUAGACCGAUGCUGAAGAUUUUUUACCCAAAUGAUGCUGAGAUUUGAAAGGGUAAUGAAUUGGAAGCAAUUAGUUAGUUUGUUUGAGGAAGGUAGACAGAUGAUUUCUACAAUUAAAAUCCUUGCCUUUUGAUUGUCAUUGUAGCCAUAGGUUUGGUGUUUUA